UCACAACGCGGAACAAACGCCUUCCGACCUUUUCGUUCCCCUUCCCACUCCACAAACCCCCGCGACGCGUUCCGCUUCCCGCAUGGCCGCCGCACGCGACCUCGCCCGCGACCCGCCGGAGUCGACGCGCCUGCGCAUCGGCGACGACGUCGCCUGGUCCGACAUCAACGGCGUCUACGACCGCGACGACUCCCUCAAGGAGAACACCAACCCCAAGUGCCUCCUCAAGAACCACCCCGCCGCCGCCCACACCGGCGUGUCGCAGAGGUUCUCCGGCAACCUGAAGCCGACGGCGGCGCACAUCAUCGGCCUCCCCGGGAAGCUCGGCCAGGGCAGCGGCGGGUGCGCGCGGCGGCACCACCCGCCCGCGAUGUUCCCCAAGAAGGCCAAGACCGGCGGCGGCGGGCGCACGGCCAAGGCGGCCGUCUCGGAGCCGGGCUCUCCCAAAGUGUCCUGCAUCGGGAAGGUGCUCUCCGACCGCGAGCGCGCGCUCCGGCGCCACCCGCCGAGGUCUCCGGGGACGAGGCUCAGUUGCUGCGGCGGGUUCGGUUUCUUGAUGCGUCGCAGCCGGUCGAGGAACAGCGCCGUGGAGUGCGUUGACCAGUCCCCGCCACCGCCUCCGCCGCUGCCGCUGCCUACGGAAGCUGCGACGAGUCGGAGGGAGACGGAGGAGGUGGAGACGGAGGUGCCGCCUCUGGCGCCGGGGCUGGGAAGCAUGCGGCGGUUCGCCUCAGGGAGGCGGGCGGCGGAUUGAUUGACCGGCCGAGAUGGAGGACGAUGGACGCGUGGCGAGAUCUGGGCCGUUGUACAGGUAGGUGGACGGUUUGGUUGGGUGUGGCUUUCAGUUGGUUGUUGCUGUGCUUUAGGUGUAGUUGAGCUGUGUACAUACUGAAAAUUAGGAAUUCAGGUUUGGACUUCGGAUUGGCAAAUUUCUGACAAUUUUGGUUCCUCUGUUUUGGCCUGUUUACAAUCGUGUUGCAUAGUCAUCGUCUUGUCUAUAACACCCAGGCAUUAUUCUGAAGCCUAUUGAUUUUUUUGUCAAA